UCUCCUUCUCUUCUCUUCUCAAUUCUCACUUCCCUUCUCCUUCCUUCGCAUAUCAACCUCUUCAUUCCUUCCUAAUCCUAACACAAAAAUGAGGCUCUUGUCCACAAAAGCUACGUGCAAUAGUCACGGCCAAGAUUCUUCUUACUUUCUAGGAUGGCAGGAAUAUGAGAAAAACCCUUACGACGAGGUUCAUAAUCCCAAAGGAAUUAUCCAAAUGGGCCUCGCAGAGAAUCAGCUCUCUUUCGACCUCUUAGAGUCGUGGCUCGAAAAGAACCCUGACGUGGCAGGGUUCAAGCGAGAUGGGAAAUCCAUAUUCAGAGAGCUAGGUCUCUUCCAAGACUACCAUGGUCUCCCUUCCUUCAAGAAGGCAUUGGUAGAUUUCAUGGCUGAGAUUAGAGGAAACAAAGUCACUUUCGACCCCAACCACAUCGUUCUCACAGCGGGUGCCACUUCCGCAAACGAAACCUUAAUGUUCUGUCUGGCUGAACAAGGAGAGGCUUUUCUCCUUCCCACUCCUUAUUACCCAGGAUUUGACAGAGACCUAAAGUGGAGAACCGGGGCAGAGAUAGUUCCAAUACAAUGCAGAAGCUCUAACAACUUCCAAAUUACGGAGCCGGCAUUGCGAGAAGCGUACGAGGAGGCACGCAAGCGCAACCUAAGAGUGAAAGGCGUGUUGGUGACGAACCCGUCAAACCCGCUAGGCACGACAAUGUCUCGGAGUGAGUUGAACCUUCUGGUGGACUUCAUCAAAGAGAAAAACAACAUGCAUUUGAUAAGCGACGAGAUUUACUCCGGGACCGUUUUUAGCUCCCCGGGCUUCGUCAGCGUCAUGGAGAUCCUGAAGGAGCGAAACGACGUGGCUGACGAAGUCUGGGACAGAGUUCACGUGGUCUAUAGUCUCUCAAAGGACUUGGGUUUGCCGGGGUUCCGCGUGGGCGCCAUCUACUCCGAAAACGACACUGUGGUUGCCGCGGCAACCAAGAUGUCGAGCUUCGGGCUUGUCUCCUCGCAAACGCAGUACCUGCUCUCUGCCAUGCUGGGGGACAAGAAGUUCAGACGAAACUACACCGCUGAGAACCAGAGGAGGCUUAAACGACGACACAGAAUGCUGGUUUCGGGGUUACAAAAAGCUGGUAUUUCUUGCCUGGAGAGCAAUGCGGGGUUGUUCUGCUGGGUUGACAUGAGGCACCUUUUGCAUUCCAACACUUUCGAAGCGGAGAUGGAGCUGUGGAAGAAGAUAGUGUACAAAGUUGGGUUAAACAUUUCCCCUGGGUCGUCGUGCCAUUGCACCGAGCCAGGGUGGUUCCGCGUCUGUUUCGCUAACAUGUCCGAGGACACUCUCGGAUUGGCCAUGAAGCGCUUCAAAGCCUUCGUCGCAGAGUCCACUUGCACUCAGAGGACUAGUCCUCUGUUUAGCAACAAGAGAAAGUCUCUCACCAAGUGGGUUUUCCGGUUAUCGUCUCGCGAUCAUCAUCGUGAACAGGAAGAACGUUAGCCUGGUCCUGUACCCAUGCACAAAUUCAUUUCACUUUUUCUUUUUUCUUUUUUCUUUUUUCUUUUUUCUUUUUUGGUCUCCCCAAUAUUUUUGGUGGAGUAGUCCAAAAGAAUGUCCAUUUAGUUUUUCUUUAUUAUUAUUAUUUUUUUAUGUAGAGAGAAAAAGCACUCUGUCCAUGUGGAUGUGAAGUGUGUGGGCUUUUCUAGUCAGCCUUCAUAAUUUGUAUAAGUUGUUCCAUAUCUCAGUCAUUA